GAUUAUAAUGUGACUUAACUUUCAACAUGAAACUCAUAAACAGAGCAGAAGAAAAAGCAGAGAAGCAUAACAAACAAUCACAACACCAAACAAAAGAAGCAAGAGUCUGCAGAGCUUUGUGUUGCAGCAACAAAGCAAGACUCAGCAUUUCUUCUUCUUCCUCGGUGGAAGCAGACAAGAGUUCAAGAUUUUCAGACCAUCACGGUUCGCUCUCUAGUCUAGCACACUACAUGGUUCAGGAGAAGCUAGAGCAGAUGAUCAGAGAGACACAAGAAGCCACACAUCAAGAGAAGAUAAGACAACAAAAGAUGAGAAGAAGAAGAAGAAGAAGUGAGGGUAGUAUCAGUAGCACUAAGUUCAUUGUCAUGAUGGCGAUGGAGAAAUGUUCUUUUGAUCCAAGAAAGGAUUUUAGAGACUCUAUGGUUGAGAUGAUUGUAGCAAACAAGAUCAAAGAAGCAGAUGAACUUAGAAGCCUCUUGGAGUACUAUCUAUCGAUGAAUCCUCGCGAAUAUCGGUCUGCCAUUCUCGAGAUCUUUUACGAGAUACCUGGUUUGUAA